AAUCACAAACAGCCCUCGUUUUCUAUAAGAGUUAGGUGGUGCCAUCAACUCAAAGAAAAGAAACUGGAGCUCUGUAGCGAUGGUGCCACACAUUCUUCUGGUGCUUCUUGGUGGAAUGUGUAAGGUGGCAGCAGAUAUGAAGAUCCCAGGUAUUUAUCAGGACAGUGGGGUUAAAACAGCUAUAAUCGGGGGGGAUGUGACUUUACACUGCUCGUUUAAGAACGAUGCUGUCAACUUCAUUUCUUGGUACCAGCAAAGUUUGGGAGGCAAACCUGUCAUCAUUGCAACACGGAUGAAGCUCAAUGCACAAGCCACCAUCUCCCCUGCGUAUAAAGAACGGUUUCAAGUCGAUGUAGGAGUUGAAGACGGAAUCAACCAUCUUAUAAUCAAAGGCAUUCGACUGUCGGAUUCAGCGACGUACUACUGUGGGAUUUUAGAAUUCAACGCCAUUGAAUUUGGAAAAGGGGUGUUUCUUCAUGUCAAAACAUCAUCGUCCAACACCCAAGCUGUCGUCCAUCAGCCAGCUUUGGAGCCACUCCGGGUGGGAGACUCUGUGAAUUUGAGCUGUACAGUGCACGCUGAACAAUGUGCUGAGGAGCAGACCUUCUACUGGUUCAGACAUGGAGCUGCUCAGCCUUCAAUCAUGUAUCACAGUGCGGGUCAGUGCAAGUUUGACUCUGAAUCUCAAGUGAGAAACUGCACUUUAAACCUCCCUAUAAAGGCUGCGAGCUCCUCUGAUGCAGGGAUGUACUACUGUGCUCUGGCUUCAUGUGGGGAGGUUGUGUUUGGGAGUGGAACGAGAGUGGAGGUUCGAGGAGGUUCUGCCAAAGUCCCUUCUCUGCUGGUGUCUUGCCUGAGCGUGGUAUUGGCAGGUUCCAUUAUCAUGCUCCUCACCUUGGCUGUCAUCAUUUACAAGUUGAACAAAAAAUCAUGUUCUCUCUGCGAAGGGACAGAUCGUCAUCUGACAGUUUCUGCAGCCUCUGACACCACGGGACAAGAUGUGGAUAUUCUCCACUAUGCAGCUCUGAGUCUGAACAGAACCAGUGAGCGACAUCGCCAAGAAGAGAGCACAGAGACCCACUGUGUAUACUCCAGAGUUAAGAGCAGAAAAGUGUAAAGGACUCAUCACUUCUUUCCUCAAGGUCACUUAAAUCCACUUAAUGUACGAUGGCAAAUAAAUUGCAAUAAAAUACUUUUUCCUUUGUCAAUGUA